UCAUUUUAAAAAAUAAAUCAAAAUUUGUAAUACUAGACGAUAAAAUAAUUGCGUCAUAAAUAACGUUACUUUUCGUAAAAAUUUCCCUCGUGGCAUCUCAUAUUCAAGAUGACUUCAACGCCAAAUGAUUCUUUUAACACGAGCGACCAGUUAAUGGAUUUAUCCCUGAAGAACUUUUGGGUUAUCGUACACUAUCCUUGUAGUGAUCCGGAAUGCGAAUAUGAAAUUGUCGGGAAAAAAGAUCUGGUUUUUGACUCUUGGGAAGUAUUAGAAAGAGGCACUGUUGUCACAGUUAAAUAUGGUAAUGCAAGAGUGCAAGGAAUCGUAGUUACAGUCUCGGACGAUUAUAAUCUACUUUCGACAAAUUUAGAGGAUUAUAUUCAAGAAUACAAAGAAAUAAAGUUUGAAGAAUCGAGAAACUCCUUUCAUGAAAAACGGGGAAACAGGCCAAACUUUCGUCAUGUAAUUAAAAUCGCCGAUAAAGAAACUCAAACGGACUUAUUUGAAAUUGAAAAUAUCGAAUAUACGACAUUAAAACGACAAUAUGAAGAAUUACAAAAUAAAUACAAUGAUUUAAAAUUAGCAGUCACUGAAGUAAAAACUGAACUAAAAAGUACAAUUUUAAAACUCGAUGUUAUAACACCAGAACUUAAAGAAGAAUCAUUUAAAACACCCUUGCAACCAUUAAGCGACAACGUUUCUUCAUCUAAUAACAAGGAAAACACCAAACAAAUGGUGCAAAUUGGUUCUGGUGGAACAAAAAUACCUCGUCAAGUAUACAAUUCGAUUAAGUGGGCUAGUUAUUCAGCGGCGACGAGAAAAUUACUAAUUACACUUUUUCCACGUAGUAUACUUGCAACGCAUUCUUUAACUGGCAAACCGAGUCCUGCUUUUAUAUCGAGUAAUAAGCAAACGAAAAUGAGAUUGAAUCCGACAAUUAUUUCCGAUAUCAUCGAAAUUGUCACGAAGAAAUGUCUUGUUUCGGAGCCAUUAGUUAGAAAUGCGAUUACAACUAAAUGUGCCGACGAAAAUAAAAUGUACAAAAAGCGGUUAGAAAGACAGCAGAGUGAUGAGCAAGAAAAUGACCAUAAAAAAGUUAAACUAGAAAAGUGA